GGCAAGCAAUUAUCAAUUAACAUAGAAAGCUCGGACUUUAUUAUGAAACAAGCAGAAGUUGUCAAACUCGUGUAAUUAUCCAUAUCGACGGGGAUAUCUGUAGUCAUCUACAAUCCUUGUGUUGGGUCCUCAGCCUCUGGUGUCAUUGGUGAAUGACCGAAGAUGUCUCACAGCAGGUUGUUUGCUAGGCUGCUUCUGCAGCAGAGUGGAGUGAGGCACUGUUAUAAUGCAUCAAGGCAGAACCUCUACAUCACCAAGGACACAAAGGUCAUCUGCCAAGGUUUCACAGGGAAACAGGGUACGUUUCACAGUCAGCAGUCUCUUGACUAUGGCUCACAGUUAGUUGGAGGUGUUUCUCCUGGGAAGGGUGGUAAGACGCAUCUCGGCCUGCCAGUUUUCAAUUCAGUCAAAGAGGCAAAGAAGGGCACAGGGGCAGAUGCCACUGUGAUUUAUGUGCCGCCGCCAUUCGCGGCAGCGGCCAUUAUCGAAGCCAUUGAUGCCGAGAUCCCCUUGGUGGUGUGCAUCACUGAGGGCAUCCCCCAGCAGGACAUGGUGAGAGUCAAACAUAAGCUCCUGCGCCAGGGUACCACCCGCCUCAUAGGCCCCAACUGCCCAGGAGUCAUCAAUCCUGGAGAAUGCAAGAUUGGGAUCAUGCCAGGCCACAUUCACAAGAAGGGAAGAAUUGGCAUUGUGUCAAGAUCGGGUACCCUGACAUACGAAGCUGUGCAUCAAACUACACAAGUCGGACUCGGCCAGUCACUCUGCAUUGGUAUUGGCGGGGAUCCAUUCAAUGGAACAAACUUCAUAGAUUGUCUCGAGGUGUUCCUGCAGGAUCCCAAGACGGAUGGCAUCAUCCUUAUUGGAGAAAUUGGUGGCAAUGCUGAGGAGAUGGCAGCGGAUUACCUUAAACAGCACAACUCUGGUGCUAAUUCAAAGCCUGUGGUGUCCUUCAUCGCGGGGCUAACUGCUCCUCCCGGCCGUAGGAUGGGCCACGCUGGCGCCAUCAUCGCUGGCGGAAAGGGGGGAGCCAAAGAGAAGAUUGCAGCCCUCCAGUCAGCUGGAGUUGUUGUCAGCAUGUCCCCUGCCCAGCUGGGCAGCACUAUUUUCAAGGAGUUUGAGAAGAGGAAGAUGUUGUAAAUUGUGCGGGAAGGCAACCAACCUUUUUACCCCCUGCCCUGAAAUUGAGAUGAGCAGCCUGAUUCUGGUGGUGGAUAUGCCCGACAGCAUCUGUGAACCCUGAUUAUCUCAACUACAAUGCCCACAUGAAGUAUUGCUAUUGUAAUGUCUGCCAUGAUCUUGUACCUUGCACAUAACAAAAGAAAAAAUGUAGUGUUCUAAAGGUAUCCUAAAGAACUCAUUGUAUACGCUGUCAAAGCUUUAUAAAUGUUUUCCCUCCACACAAUGUAGACAGCCGAAGGAAGGAUGCCUUGGUAACCUUGGUGAUCGUUCCGUUAUACUCCUGCUUGUAACACCGGCACUCAUUUCACUGGCUGUCCACCUGAAUAAGAAAUAUUUCUCAUAUCAUU